AUGAGCAUUGUUCAACUCUUGAAGACCCGGACUGGGCUCCGGGUCGAUAACAGCAAAACCACAUCUGCUGCCACUCUUACUUUGCGCCAGAGUAUCUGGCCCUUGACUCUCGUCACAACACUUUUCUUUCUAUGGGGAUUUGCCUAUGGUCUGUUAGACACACUCAACAAACAUUUUCAGAAUACCAUGCACAUAACUCGUACACGCUCUUCCGGGCUCCAGGCAGCUUAUUUUGGAGCUUAUCCUCUGGCAUCCCUGGGUUAUGCGAAUUACAUGCUCCGUCACUACGGCUACAAGAUUGUUUUCAUUUUUGGGCUGACACUAUAUGGCAUCGGCGCUCUCUGUAUGUGGCCUGCAGGCCUGCAUCGUUCAUUCGGGGGCUUCUGCGCAGCCACCUUUGUUAUUGGCUCUGGUUUGGGUUCGCUGGAGACAGCUGCUAAUCCGUACAUUACUGUUUGCGGCCCACCCAGAUACGCUGAGAUGCGAAUCAACCUUGCCCAGGCUUUCAAUGGUAUCGGAACCUGCGUGGCCCCAGUACUCGCUUCAUAUGUCUUCUUUACUUCCAUCGGCGACGACGUGAAUGCCCUCAAGCGCGUACAGUGGGUUUACCUUGCAAUUGGCAUCUUCGUCUUCAUCCUUGCAGGUGUGUUUUUCAUCUCUGCCAUCCCCGAAGUGACGGACGAGGACAUGGCUUUUCAGAUUGCCGAGACACAUGCGGACGAACAGGAGAAGCCACUCUGGAAGCAAUAUAAGCUCUUCCAUGCUACAUUGGCGCAAUUUACCUAUACUGGUGCACAAGUCGCCAUCGCCAGUUACUUCAUUAAUUACGUGACGGAGACCUGGCCAGGCACUUCCAGUGCCACAGCCUCCAAGUAUCUCGCGGGUGCCCAGGGUGUAUUUGCGAUUGGUCGCUUCAUUGGUGCCAUCAUUAUGAGGUUUGCAAAAGCUCGUUGGGUGUUCUUAGUGUAUCUGUCCUGCGCUGUUGCCUUCAUCGCGGCAUCGACAACACAGCACGACCAGACAGGCGUCGCAAUGCUCUUUUGCACUCUCUUUUUCGAAUCGGUCUGCUUCCCAACGAUCGUCGCGCUCGGUAUAUGUGGCCUGGGUAGGAACUACAAGCGGGCCUCGGGAUUCAUCGUGGGUGCUGUCUGCGGUGGAGCAGUCGUGCCCCCUAUUCUCGGCCGAGUGGCGGACAUGCGGAACAGUACUGGUUUUGCGAUGAUUGUCCCGACUAUGUUUUUCGUCGUCGCAUUGACCUAUGCUUGGGCAGUGAAUAUUGUGCCUGCGUAUUGCGAGACCGUGGAUAAGGUCUACAACAGUGUAGUGGGGCUUCGGGAGGAGAAUGUUAUGACAAAAGAUCUCGAGGAAAGAACUAUAGCCAAGAUCGGGUGA